AUGGGUGAUAGUAGUAAGGGUAUUGCUAAAAACGUUGUAACCUCACCUCAACCAAUAGAGUUCUCCGUUGAUGUGAAAGUAGAGAAAUGUGAUGAUAUUGAGAAUAAAGAUGGUCCAGUUAAAGAAGUUGUUAACAAUGGCGGCACAUUCAGCAUGGAUGAAAGUGAUAUUAAUUUAUCUGAACCUAUAGAAAUUGACACAGAGGAUGUGGGUAAAAAAUAUACACUAAGAAAGAUUUUAACAAGAAAUGAAAAGGAAGUAAAUAAUGGACUGGUGCUUGUAAAGCAGUAUACUUUAACAAGAACUUCAAUCUUAAAAGCUGUUAAGGAGCAAGCAAAAGAGAGUACUAGUUUAGCAGACACUUACCUAGAUAUAGCUGUUAGGAAUUUUUAUGGAGAAUUUAGAGAUACUCCAAAAACAUAUCAUGAUAAGCUUAUCUUUGAUGCAUUUGAAAAAUGGAAAGAUUGGUAUGAGACAUGUCCUCGUUUCAGAGAUUCACCUUUGUUGUACAUGUGCUAUAUUUGUAAAAUGGGCUGGUGGAGACUGCACCCAUUUCGAGAACAUAUAAAGAGCCAUGCUGAAAAUACAUUUAAAAUAAGAACUUUACCAAGAGAUCACGAGUUUUACGUGGGAGCAUUUUUUAACCAGGUGCUUAGACCUAUGGAUCUAAAAAUUUUUUUAAAUUGUCCGAAAUGUGGCAGGCCGCCCAAAUAUCAUAACUUCAGACGUCGAUCAGCAAAAUAUAAGUGUGAAGGUUGCAAUAAUGUAUUUUUUACAUGCAAUAAACUCGCUGAACAUGAGGGAAUGUGCAUGUUAUACAUGAAAAUGAAAUGUGACAAAUUAGGAGUAGAGAUCACAAGUGAUUUCAAAACAUGUCCAGUGUGCUUCCAAUACUGUCUAACUCAAACGGAGCUUGACACCCAUAUGAUUGACCGACACUCAGUACAUUCAGAUGAUCCAAUUGUAAUGCAAGCAAAGUUAUGCGCUAUUUGCAAUACAACGUAUCAUAUUUACAAAUUUCAUGACUGCCCAGGAAGAUAUAAUAAUAUAAAGUGCGAAUUUUGCUUUAGAAAAUUCAUUACAAAGGCCUUCCGAAACAUGCACAUACAAUUCUCUAAGAAACUUGUUAAGUGUGCAGUUUGUGACAAGUCUAUGAACCAGUGUAUGCUUCUGGAGCAUAUGUUGCAUCACUCUAAGAAUUACAAGCUUGUGUCCUGGUGUAGUAAAUGUAAAAAUAAUUUAUUACACAUUAAAAGCUCUUUUUAUAAAAAUCAUAUGAAAAGCCAUGGGAGAUGGAUUGAUAAAAAGAGGUGGGGUGCAAAGAUGUUAUUACCUACGAAAUGCAUUACGGGAGAGAUUGUUCACUCGGAAACAGUUCUUAAUAUUCCUGAGAAAGAUUUAGAAGUUUUUAUGAGUGGAUUGGAAGAUGAUGGAAGUAAUUCCAAUGAAGUCGAUGACGACGUUAUAAUCUUAGAUGAUGAUAGGUCUUUGCCAGUUGUUCCAAAUAAAAGUGAAGAAUGUGAUAUAUAUACACUGCAAGCACAAUUAGAUGCAGAAAUACAAAAAGAUGUUGAAAUGGAGGCAGCCAUAUCUAAAGUUUUCAAAGCAUCCAAUUGCUAUCAGAGGUUCUUGCUAAAGGAAACAGAAGAACCUUUGGUCGAUAAUCAGUAUGAUGAUGAUGAUGACGUUAUUCUUUUAAACAACUCUAAUGAAGUUACAAUAAUAUCAGAUUCAGAAGACGACAACGAGAAUGAGAACUCUAAAGAAUUUGUGAAAGACAAUGUCAAAAUUAUUAAUCCUAAAGAAAGAGAAAAAUCUGAUACAAAUCAUAAUACGACAGUGAAGGAAGAACCAAACGAUGAUGCAAAUAUUUCAUGCCGAAAAGAUGGUGCAAUAGAAGCACAUCCAGAACAUAACGAAAAAGUUGACACUUUAACUGCAAAAAAUAAUUCUGUAAUAGAAACUUAUAAUGUGGUGAAAGAAUCUCAUUCAGGUCAAUCUAUUAUUGCCAAAAGAAAAAAGGAAGAUAGUGUGACAUGUCCACAGAACGAGGAUAGCAAUACGGAACUAGGAACUAAUGUGAAAAAGAAACUAAAAAAUGAUAAUAUAAAGUCGUGUCUGGGCAAAGGCACAUAUGCAUCAUACCUACAAGAUAAAGAUAAUAGUUUGAGGCAUAGUAUAGAAAUAAAAGUAGAACCAGGAGACGUUUUAUGUCUACAAAAUGCAGAAUUUAAUGGGCAUCGUGGUCCCGAUGUGAAAGAAGAGCGAGAAGACGAAAUGAUAAUGUCGCAUUCAAGUUACAUUUCAAAUGCAUCAUAUCCACAAGACGUAGAAUUUUAUUUGAAUCAUACAACUGAAGUGAAAGAAGAACUAAUAGAUGAUAUAGUUAUGUUUUAUCCAGAGGAAGUACAUUAUGACGAGGGUAAUAAAAUCGGGAUGAAAGAUCCAGUAUGUGAUGCUGCAUUAUCGUGUGGCGAAAAUAAGCGGCUAGCAAAGAGGAAAUGUACCGAAAACUUAAAACGUAAUAUUGUUACGGCAGAAGAACUCAUAUCGGAUAAGGGGGAUUCAGGAGAACAUAUUCAAGAGAAACUUGAUGUGUCUAUUGUAAAAGUUGAAAUCUUCUAUUCAUGUAAAAAGUGUCCGUUUCGAGGGUGCUACAAUGAAUAUAUUGAACACAUAACUUCGAGUUGCGUUGCUAUGUCUUUUUAUUGUUCAACUUGUACUACAGUCUUUCCUACUUUAAAACUUUACGUGCUCCAUUUAACACGGCAUAAUUACAAAUUUUUAACAUGUCCCACUUGUAAACAGCAGUUUAAGGAGGUCUCGAAGUUGUGCUCACAUAUAAAGUUACACUUAAGAAACUUGUAUAUGAAGUCGCACGAUGUACAAAACUUGGAUUUAUCACCUUCACAAAAGAAUGACAUCCUUCAGUGUAUUGAAUGCAUGGAAAUGAUUAAAUCAGAACAAAUCUUCAGUCACUGGGAUUUGCAUUUGAAUAUGAAAACUGACAAGGAACCAGAAACAGUAGAUGAUAAUGAGGAUUGUGAUGACGAAUCGGAAAUGAACUCUGCACUUACAAGAAAAGUCAUAGAUAUGCUCCUAAUAAAGGAAAAAAUGAAAAUGGUGAGGAUAUGCAUUGUCUGUAACAAAACCUUUUCUAGAAGAAACGAAUGCAAGCGACAUUUGAUUAUGCACCUUCUCCUCCAAGCGUUAAGGUCUAAAGUAAAAAAUAACAACCAGUUACGAUGCCAGCUUUGCGGUGUUGACCAGUACCAUCCAACUCAAUAUAAGGAGCACAUGAGGAAACACGCUUCCAUGGCCAUAUAUAAAUGCCAACUUUGCACCAAAACCUUCAGUGAUUCCAGCAACUGUUCCAAACACAUGAAAGUGCACAAUCUUUAUUCAUUUAUCUGUGACAAGUGCGGUGGGAAAUUUCGCUCGAAGGUGUGCCUAAUUAAGCAUUUGCAGAUGCACGAAUCACGCCCGCUCUCCCAUUGCAUACAGUGUGACAUGUCGUUUUGUACCGAAUCGAAGUUAAAAAGGCACAUUAAGGCUAAACAUAUGCGCGGAUGCUCGUCUUUUGCAUGUAUAAUAUGCAAGAAGAGGUUCGUGAGCUUGAAAGACAAAUGGGACCAUAUGUGGUUGGAACACCAAGAGAGGAAGAUCGAAGCAGACUGUCCUUUAUGUAACAUGGAGUUCAGGAAAUUCAGAGACGUCCAGCAGCACAUGAAGGCGGUACAUUCGUUGCACAUACGACGUAGUAGUCUUUCAGACAAAUUAACCAAGCUAAAGAGAGACUGUGAAUGA